AUGGCCAGCCUGAGGCGCGGCAGGCCCAACUGCAUCAGGGCAGCGUUCAGCACCACUGGCACUGGGCCCAGCUUCCGGAAGAGGCAGAGGAAUGCACGCCGUCGCCUCCAGGUCAACCACAACAGGAACCACAUGGACUUGGCUGAAGUUCUCUGGAGAGAGUUUUUAGAUUCCUACGAUGGUGAUUCAGAAGCCUGCCCUGGUCAGUUUGGCUCCUUCUCUGGCUGUUCCCCGGGUGAGAGGAGCAGUGUGCCUCUGUACACACUGAAGUCCAGGAGUCCCGAGGACGCCGGUGUCAACAACGCUCUCCCAUCUAAGGCCCCACACUUCUCGGUGAAGGCUGCCUGCUGGGCCCCCAUAUCCCUGGAAGCCAAYGACGUGGACAUGCAACCCGAGAGUGAAGUCAGGCUGCCCCUGGAGCACAGAGGCCCCCAGGAGGCCGGAAGGCAGGCGGAGAGGCCCUGCACAGCCCAGGAGGACUCCAGAGCCACCAGGGCACCCAACCCAGCCAGUCCUGUGGAGCUCCUGGAGCUGGGCAGACACCUGCCCAGCAAGGCCAAGGGGACACGGAUGCUACCCAGACUCGGAGGCGAGAGAGACAAAGGGCCCAAGCUCUCGCUUUCCAAGAGAAAACUGGAACUUUUACUUGCAGAGCCUGAAAAAAAUAAGAGAAAGAAGCAGUUCAUGGCCUGACCCAAGACAAAAGCCGAGAGGUUCUGGUGCUGGUGGUCCUGGUCUGGUCCUCUCCAAGUCUGGC